UCAUGUUACAAUUGUCUGAAUCAGUCUUCAUAUCUUGCGAUAUGUGUAUUUAGUAUGUAAAUUGCGCAAGAGAUGUGUGUAUUUGUUGCACAAGAGAUAAAGGAUACUAUCUUUAAUUUGUUGCUCAGUAGUUGUGUGAAGGAGAGGCAAUACUUCAAAUACACAUGUGUGUAGUGUUUGAACAGUGCCCAUUUAUAGAGCUAAGUUGUACGCAGUACAUGUACAUGUACAACAACAUGUUUCACACUAACCAAGAGCCACCUGUGAUACAUCAGUAAAGUAGACAGAAACAGCAAAAAUGGCAAGUACAGUCAUCUCAACCAACCCAGGUAUUCCUUUCACUGGCGUCAUCCCUGGCAACAUGUCCCCUGGAAAGAUGCUCUUCUUCCAGGGCUACGUCAAUCCCAAUGCACUAAGGUUCACGAUCAAUCUGACCUGUGGCCUGAAGCAGACACCAGUCCUGGAUGACAUCGCGCUGACCUUCAGUCCAUCCUUUGGCCAAGGCGUGGUGGUCAUCAACCACUUCAAGAAGCAGACCUGGGGCCAGGAGGUGCAGGUCCAAAACGUCCUGCAGCCAGGCCAGAAUUUUGAGAUGAUCAUUAACGCUGAGGCCUCUCAGUUCAAGAUUGCACUCAAUGGUCAACACUACAUCGCCUACCCCCACUACAUCAAACGCUUACAGAGGAUCUCCCAUAUCUCAAUCAACGGUGACGUCAGGAUAUACAACAUACGUAUGGAAGGUGGCAGUGCACCUGCAGUGCCUGCAUUUCCUACCAUGCCUUCUGCACCAACUGUACCCUCUUAUCCGACAGGAGUAGUCCCACCCCCUCAGCCCACCUACCCAGGCCAGCCUACUUACCCCGCCCAGCCUUCUUACCCUGCCCAACCCGGCUACCCUGCCCAACCCCCCAACCCAGCCCAGCCCACUUACCCAGGCCAACCCGGCUACCCCGCACAACCCAGCUACCCUGCCCAGCCCAGCUACCCCGCCCAGCCCAGCUAUCCUGCACAACCCUCCUACCCAGCCCAGCCUAGCUACCCCGCCCAGCCCAGCUACCCCGCCCAGCCCAGCUACCCCGCCCAGCCCAGCUACCCAGCCCAGCCUUCAUAUCCAGCCCAGCCUGCCAACCCAGUGGAUCCCAUGAAAGUCAUCAGCCCGCGUCUCCCCUUUUUGCAAAUGAUUCCUGGCGGGAUGAAGGAAGGAACAAAGAUUGUGAUCAAACUGACUGUGAAUUCAAAUCCAACCAGGUUCCACAUUAAUCUUCAAUGCGGCAUGUCCACCAACCCAAGAAGCGACAUAGCAUUCCACUUCAAUCCACGCUUUCAAAACAACGUGAUCGUCAUGAACACCCUGCGUGGCGGCAAGUGGGACGGUAAAGAGGAGAAAUACUCACGCCCUACUUUUCCUUUGAAGCCCAACGGGACCUACAAGCUGAAGCUCAUCUGUCGGCAUUUCCAUAUAGCAGUAGAUCUGGAUAAGUUUAAUCUGGUGUGGUACAACCACCGUCUGCCGUUUAAGAGCAUCAAUACUUUGGCCAUAGAUGGAGAUUGCGUCAUCAACAAAAUCAAGUAUGGUGCUGACACAAGAAUCAGCUUUGGCAAAAUGUGUGCUGACAUGGUAACCAACCCGACUAUUCCAUACAGUGGGCCGAUUCCUGGAGGAGUAUUUCCUUCGAAGACCAUUCAUGUCCAAGGGUUUGUGCCACAGGGAAGCCAAAGGUUCAGCGUGAACCUCCAGUCUGGAGUUGGCAUCACUGUUCCCGACCUCAUCUUUCACUUCAACCCGCGUUUUCAGGCCGGCCAAAAUCACGUUGUCUGUAACUCAAAACUUGGCGGGAAAUGGGGAGGUGAGGAACGCCAGAAUCACUCCCCCUUCGCUCUCGGCCAGAACUUUCACAUCAUCAUCCGCUGCGAGCAAAACGCGUUUAAGGUGGCUGUGAACAAUCGUCACUUUCUUUCAUACAACUACCGUGUUCCGAACCUGCAGAAGAUCAAUGCAGUUAUGAUAGAUGGCUCCGUCACUGUGUACAAUAUCCGAUUUGAACCAGCAUCUGCCCCAGCCUACCCGGCUGCCCCUGCCCAGCCCGCUUUUCCAGCUGCACGGCCGGCCUACCCAGCCGCCGCCCAACCUGCCUACCCUGCUGGACCAAAAGUCGUCUCCUAUCCAGGUCUACCAUAUGUGGACACGAUUCCUGGAGGUAUGAAGCAAGGGAAGAUCAUUGUUGUCAAAGUCACCGCGAAGCCCCACCCUACAAGGUUCCACGUGAACUUCCAAUGUGGCAUGUCUACCAGGCCCCAAAGCGACAUCGCAUUCCACUUCAAUCCACGGUUUAACCAGCAGACGAUUGUCAUGAACACCCUGCGCAGCACCAAAUGGGAUGGCAACGAGCAGAGGCACCAGACCUAUUUCCCCUUCCACCCGAACGGGACAUAUGAGAUCAUGUUCCUUUGCGAGCAUCACCAGUUCAAGGUGGCUCUGAACGGCUCGCAUCUCUUGGAGUACCAACACCGUCUGCCGUUCCAAAACAUCAGCGCUCUGAACAUAGAUGGCGAUGUUGUCGUGACCGAGGUCAAGUACCACUAAACAAGCCCCAGAAUUGGUUAACGGCAACGGCGGAGAGUAGUGCCUAUUCGUAGUUGACAAUUAUUUUCAUCAUAACAUUUCGGAUGCUUUUCCGUAGUUGCAUGAUUUGAGUUGAGAAAGGCUCUUUUUUGAAAUCUUCGAAGUCUGGGAUCUACAGUCUCUUAUUGAAUGAAUGAUGUUUCUGUGAAACGCUAAAUUGUUUUUCUUUUUAAUUUUUUUCCAAUAACAAUUUUUGUUUGUGAGUCAAACUCUGUUAUGUAUUUCGUCAGGCCAUUUUUUUUCUUUUUGAGAUAAGAAAUUCGCGAUUUUGAUGAUGAAGUGAAGAUUAAUGGCUAUUUCGUGGCUCAGUUGAUAAUCUUAUAUUUUCAUGUAUCAAAAAUUGUCAUAUCAGUUAUGAUUGUUGUUGACUAUUCCGUCAUGUUGUUGCUGCAGCUCGAAUUCAAAUAGAACAAUCUAGACGAAAAUAGGAAAAGGAAAAA